AUGGAAGUCUCCAAGGAAAAAAUCAUCCUGAAUAUUGGGGGAGUCAGAUAUGAGACAUACAGGAGCACCCUCCAGACGUUCCCAGGGACCAAGCUGUGCAACCUAACGGAGCCUGAUGCCCCAAGCAUUUACGACUAUGAUCCCACCACCAAAGAGUUCUUUUUUGAUAGGAGUGCCGAGGUCUUCAGCUAUGUGUUGAACUACUAUAGGACCAAACAUUUCCACUGCCCUGUUAAUACCUGUAGGUCAGUCUUAGAAGAAGAGCUGGCUUUCUGGGAAAUACAGGAGACACAGCUAUCAUCCUGCUGCUGGCUGAAGCUGAAUAACGAAGAGGUGCAGCCAGAGGAGUUUAACAUUUGGGAUGAAAAUGAACAGACUGAUGACGAGUGUCUCAUAGUCCAGACAGAAAGAAGUAAUUCCAACUGGCGAACCAGGUGGCAGCCAAAGAUUUGGUCUAUAUUUGAAAAACCCUUUUCCUCUUUUAGUGCUAAGUGCUUGGCUUUUGUUUCUCUGCUGUUCAUCGUGGGAAUCGUCAUCAUAUUCUGUGAAGAGACCAAGGCACAGUUUGAGUUCUUUACUGCUAACUUCACCUCUGUUGGCUCUUCUGAGGUCUCCCAUGACAACCAUGAACCCUUUUACCACCAGGCUGCCUACUUGCUUCAUCUGGAGCUUUUCUGUGUCCUCUGGUUUACUUUUGAGUUCUCUGUGCGAUUUUGUUUCUGCCCAGCCAAGAAGUUGUUCUUCAAAAAUCCCCUCAAUGUGGUUGACUUCCUCUCCCUCUUCCCAGUUUAUAUUGAGCUCUUUGUGGCUCAGAAGAUUCAGAGAAUGCCAAGUCUGGGGCUUUGGUUGGGUUUUGUUCGCGUUGUCUAUCUCCUUAAACUCCUGAAGAUAUCCAAGCUGAUAGAAACACCAGUGAUUCUCAGGGUUCUGUGCUACACCCUCAAGUCCAUCCUUAGAGAGAUUUGCAUCCUGCUGAUGAUUUUGGCCUUUGAGACCCUCUUCUUUGGUUCUCUCUUUUUCUAUGGAGAGUUGCUGGGUAUCCAUCCCCCCUUCACAGGGGAGGUGCACUUCACUGACAUUCUUAUGUGCUUCUCGUGGGCCUUGAUCACACUCACUGCAGUGGGCUAUGGAGAUAUUGUCCCUGUCACUGCAGCUGGCCAAGUGAUAGCAGCCUUAGCUGCAGUAUUUGGCAUGUUAACUAUGAUCAUUUCAAUACCCAUUUUCCUGGUGAAAUUCAAAAGCUAUUAUGACGUUGCUAUCUUCAAACAGAAGGUUAAAGGGAGCAAGAAACAUUAG